AGGCACUGCAGGAAUAUCAUCCGCAAAGGAUUAUUUUUUUUUAAUCUUACUAAAGCUUUUGAGGCUGGAAGCCCAAAGAAACGCCAUCCUGUAUAACACCCGUGAGCUUAUAUCUAACCCAAGCUUGUGUGACUAACGUGGUGUGACAAAUCUGCUAUGUCCCUACAGAUGUCUUCAGUAACUAUGUCAUUUCGGUUUGCAUUUCUUCAUGUCUUAGGCAUUCUGUCUAUGACACCCAUCAGCUUUGGAGCUGAUUUAGUUGCGGUUCCCAUUGAAUGCGGCACGCGCGCGGCGGACUUGGAGGACUCCCCGGACUCACGCGCGAUGGUGUUGUGUCCUGCAAACUGCGCGCUUUGGAAACUGUCAGUGUUCGGCUCCGGGAUUUACGCCUCCAUCUCUAGCGUCUGUGGUGCCGCACUGCACAGUGGGAUUAUAGGUGUGUCGGGAGGAGCUGUGGAGGUUCAGAAACUGGCUGGCAGGAGUCACUAUCACAGCUCUUACGCACACGGCAUCCAGACUCAGUCUCUGUCCAGCUGGAGUGCAUCAUUUACUGUAACCAGAUCAAUCAGCUUGCCUAUGGAAGUGUCCAGUCUAACCAUUACUGCUGAGAACCCAGUGUCUGGACCAGCAAAGAAAGCUGUCAAGAAACCCCCAAAGAAACCUCAAGUAGUAGAAAACAGAGAUUGUCUUGUGGAUAUAGCUCUAAUUAUUGACAGCAGCUAUCAUAUAGGACAGCGGCGCUUCAACCUACAGAAGAACUUCAUUGGUAGAUUAGCAGCAAUGAUGAAGGUUGGGCCAGAUGGACCACAUGUGGGAGUGGUGCAAGCCAGUGAGACACCUCAGGUUGAAUUCUACCUGGGCAACUAUAGCAUGCCUAAAGAUGUGAUUUUUGCCCUCAAAGAGGUAGCUUUUGGUGGAGGCAACACCAACACAGGCAAGGCCAUACUCCAUACAGUAAGGCACUUUUUCAAUCCUGAUUUUGGAAUGCGCAGGGGUGUUCCACGGAUUAUCGUGGCAUUUGUUGAUGGAUGGCCCUCUGACAACCUGGAAGAUGCAUCAGUAAUGGCUAGAGAGUCUGGAAUUAAUUUGUUUUUAGUGAAUGUGGCCAAACCUAUCCCAGAGGAAAUGGGAUUGGUGAGGGAUCAAGACUUCAUGAAGAAGGCAGGCUGCAAAGACAAUGGUUUCUUUACACUGACUAUGCCAAGCUGGUUCAGCACAAGUAAGUUUUUGAAGCCUCUGGCUCAGAAGCUUUGCUCUGUUGACCAGUUGCUCUGCAGCAAGACAUGCUAUAACUCAGUCAACCUGGGCUUCCUGAUUGAUGGAUCCAGCAGUGUGGGUGAUGUCAACUUCAAACUUGUUCUAAGCCUCCUAAGCUCCAUUUCUCGCAACUUUGACAUUUCUGAAAGUGGCUCACGCAUUGGAGCUGUGCAGUUUACAUAUGACCAGAGACUGGAGUUUGGCUUCAGUGAUUUUACUAAAAAGGAUGAAGCCUUGAAAGCCCUCCAGAGCAUCCCAUACCUAAGUGGUGGUACAGCCACUGGAGAUGCCAUCACCUUUGCUAUGGAGAAUCUCUUCCAGCCCCGUAGCAUGGGUACAGGCAAGAAGUUUCUUAUCAUUGUUACUGAUGGUCAGUCCUAUGAUGAUGUUAGAGGGCCAGCCAUAGCUGCUCAAAGGCAAGGGAUCACAGUGUUCACUGUGGGUGUAGCUUGGGCUCCAAUGGAGGACCUGAGAGCCAUGGCAUCAGAGCCCAAAGACACGCACACCUUCUUUACCCGCGAGUUCAGUGGCCUUGAGCAGUUUGAGCAGCCCAUUGUACGGGCAAUCUGCAGGGACUUUACAGAGUUCAACUAGAAAAAGUUAUAUUGGGGAAGUAGAAAAAAGAAAGCAAUAGAGAAAACUAGUUACAAAUACCCAAUGUUUUGGUUUAGAUUGUCUGGUCAGUUUUUCACCUAUUAGAGAUUUUUUUUUAACCUAGGCAUAUUCUUUGUGCAGAGAUAGCCCCUAUAGUGUAUUGUUUUGUCAUGAGAGGAGUCUGCAUGGUUGCUUUAAUAGUAUGAUUGAACCAAAGGAUUCUAUGACUUAUUGACUGUGUAACUUUAUAUUAAACUCAUACUAAUAAUGGCAGAUGUUAUCAUCAGAGACACAUCCUGAUUUCUGAGUAUGAAAAAUAGGUUUGCUAUAUCCAUCUUUGGCUGCCCAAGAGAGUGUUGUCCCCGUUGAUGAUAAACAGCAGGUUUGACAAGGCUGCCCUCUUGUGCAUAUCAUUGGUACUACAGACAGCCUAAGUUCUACAGGAUAAAGGCCAAACAUAGUAUCGGCUGGUUUAUCACACACCACACACUUACACAAGCACUGUAAUGCACACAGCUUUUUACAUAGUUCCAUUUUCUCAUAAUAUAAUUAUGGUCACAUUUUAUAUUCAUAUUUCUCAUUCUACAUGUUCACAAAUGAGAUGUUUAGAAUUAUAUUUGGAUUAUACGUACUAACAUUCUGAUCACACACAACUAUCUGUUUCCUAAAUUAUGCUUAAUGCUCAAUUAUUUUCUUACAAUGUUUUUCUUAUAUAAAACACACAUAUGCAUGCUUAAGUGCCUUGCAAACUGAGAAGCAACAGCAGAGUGAUUGUACAUUUCUGUUUAAUUUAUUACUUUCUUCUCAAUAAAGGACAAGGUAUUUUUACAA